UCCAAAAAAAACUUUAAACAUUUAAUUAAUUUAAUUUGAGUGUUAAAGUGCGUUUGAAAAACCAAUUCCAAUACCUCUAGCCGUACUUUUUGCCGCAAAUCCAAACCUUCUCUCAGCCACCUGCCAUGUCAUCGUUAAAACUCUCUUUAACUCACCUCCUCCCAAAACCUUAUUAACGGAGGGGUUUGUCUGAAGCCGUUUUUGUUUUUUAAACGAUCCUUCUAGGAAGAAGAAACAGAAGCCCAUCUCUAGUUUUGACGAACUGAUUACACCCUCCGACAAUGGAAGGGAGAAGUGAAAGAGAGAAACGAGAAUCCUCUUGCCUUCUUUACAAAUUGUAUAAUAUCUUAUGAGUGCAAUCAAAUUGGCAGCAAACAACUUCAAAACUUGCAAAAGAUUUGCUACCCUGGGAAGGGUUUUGGUCAAGAGAUUGAAGUCAGUCCUGCAGCUUAAAGGCCAGAAGACGACUUCAAGCCGCUUAAAGCCUCCUCUUAAGAUCAAAUUAGGACAACCCAUGAUUGCAAAAAGCUUGAAAUCCCUGACAGGCUCAACAGACAUGGAUCCUGGAAUCUGGAGCAAGCUUCCACCGGAACUUCUCGAGAACAUACUCUCGUUUUUGCCUCUUAAAACGUUCUUGAAUUUGAGGUCAACUUGUAAGCAUUUCAAUUCUCUUGUAUUCUCUCCUUCUUUUAUUUCCAAACACUCCUCUGAUUCUCCUUUCUCUUUCUUUUUGUUGCUUUCUCAUCCCCAGUGCUAUGGUCAUUUUCCUCUCUAUGACACUAUCAUUGGGGCUUGGCGCAACUUAGCUCUUCCCUUCUCUUUCUUGCCGCCUUGUGCUUCUCAGUUUAAUCUUCUUUCAUCAUCUAAUGGGCUUUUCUUACUCUCCCUCCCAAAUUCAUGUUCUUUCCUUGUAUGCAAUCUGUUGGGAAAAUCUUCCAGGGUUAUUCAAUUCCCUUUCUUCCCUUAUGCUUUUGAGCUGCUCACUUUGGUUUCUAGGCCAGAUGGAUAUAAAAUCUUCAUGCUUUGCUCGAAAUUCUCUUCCAGUUAUGCUUUUGUAUAUGACUCAAAGGUUCAUUCUUGGAGAAGAUAUGAUGGUUUUCAACCGCUCCUCAUUGACAAUUUCCAUCAGGAAGGCGCAUCCUUCGAUGGGUCUUUGCAUUUUGCUACCCCGGAACCGUUUUCUGUAGUGUGCUUUGAUUUGGAAAAUGGAAAAUGGGAGAGACUCAACACUGAAAUGCCAGCGGAGCUUACAUUCGUGAGGCUGGUUAGCGAUAUUGGUGAAGGGAAGUUGUAUUUGGUUGGAGGAAUUGGAAGGAAUGGAAUUUCAAGGAGCAUGAGGUUGUGGGAAUUGGGUAACGGAGGGAACUCCUGGGAGGAAAUGGAAAGAUUGCCAGAAUUGAUGUGCAGGAAAUUUAUGUCUGUCUGUUACCACAACUAUGAGCAUGUUUAUUGUUUCUGGCAUCAGGGAAUGAUCUGUGUUUGCUGCCACACAUGGCCAGAGAUUUUAUAUUACAAGGUUUCAAGGAGGACUUGGCAUUGGAUACCCAAGUGUCCUUCACUGCCAGACAAGUGUAGCUGUGGCUUCAGGUGGUUCUCUUUUGUUCCAGGGUUAUAUGCUUUGGCUUGAGUUACUUGUUAUCAUGUCUCAGUUACAUUUUUUCUUGUUUACAUUGGAAUCAGAAAGGGAAAAGGGUGUCUAUUUCACCUCUACUUAUAUCUGUUUGAAUUCAUCUUUCUCUUGUUCUUAUAUGUUUGUCAAUCCUAGUCAGUGUGAUGAAUAAUGUACAGUUCGUUUAACAAUAGAUUUGUUUUUGAGGCUUUGAGCUAUUAGAUUUUAGUUUAUUGUAUUUUCUGAAUUAUGACUGGUAUUGAUGAAUUCGGAGAAAACUAUGUGAUAUAAUACAAAAUCUCGGAUCUAUUGUCCGGUACCCAUUCGAGCACUCAUUGCCAACUGGCAUGUAGAUGCUACUGUUACAAGUUAUUUCAUUCAGUUCAAACCCUUUGGUUUGUAUUUUUUGUUUACUCUUUCCGUUAAGGCAAGUUGAGACGAAGGCCGUUGAGAAAGGCAGAGCAGGCGGCUUUGGAACACUGUACUG